GUUGGUCGCACAUUUUGAAUUGAGAUCCGCUAGCAGACGUACAUUCUGUGCUUCUAGGCUGUCAACAACCGAAGCCGGGUCAUUUGCGAGGCUUGGAUUAAUUUAACUUCUCGAAUACAGCAUGAAUCGACGGAAGACUUGGAGUUAAAUUCACCCGAUUGUAGCACGCUUUUAAUCGUUUUUAUGGUUGAUCGUCGUGUGCAUGUUGCUAGCUUAGCUAAGCUAGCCCUGUGUACCGAAGAGCUCAUUUGUUAGUUUAUGUGUCGUGACUUUUUUGUCUUUUGGUCAACACUCUUUUUACCUUCCUCUAAGUGGUAGACACCAGACACUCGAAGAGGCACCUCUCCACCAUGGCAGACAGCAGCAUACUGACUUUAGGGACUGCCCGAAGUAUACUGGUGGACACUUCUGUCUACGACUCCAGAUUGUGCGAGACCACCAAGGACCAUAUACUCAUGGACAUGACCUCUGACGACAGAGAAGCUCUGUUCCCUAAGGUGGAGGCAAGAGUUGUCUUGAUGGGAAGAGCUUGUAAGAAUGAAAAACUGGUCAAGGCCCUGCAGGCCAUUAACGUAAUGGAGGUCCCAGUGGUAAAGAUAAGAGGAAGCGAGGCGGGUUCAGAGGACAAAACAAUGAUUAAAUCUAUAGUCAAUAUGGACAUCAACACUCCCUGCAUCAUGUCAAACAAUGUGGAGGAGUUUCGAGAUGAGGAAAACACUGACUUCGAGACAGUGUUUGUACUGGCAGACUUCGACACUCCUGACUACAACUAUCUCUAUAAGCAUGAGAACCGUAUUGUUGGUCCUCCUGUUGUGCUGAGUUCUGCACUCAAAGAGGAGCCACUUCCAUUUUCCUGUCGUCCACUGUACUCAACAACAAUGUGGAACUUGUCACUAUGCUUCACCGGUUUUCGGAAUAAGGAGGAAAUGAAAAACAUGGUGAACCUUGUGCACCACAUGGGAGGCAUCAUCCGGAAGGACUUCAGCACCAAGGUCACUCAUCUUAUCGCCUACUCCACACAUGGAGAGAAAUACAGGCUUGCAGUGUGCAUGGGUACGCCCAUCCUCACUCCAUCGUGGAUAUUUAAGGCCUGGGAGCGAAGAGAUGAUGUGAUGUUUCAUGCUGCAGACGAGGAGUUCCGAACACAGUUCAAAGUCCCUCCAUUCCAGGACUGCAUCUUAAGUUUCUGGGGCUUUUCUGAGGAAGAGAAAGCCAAUAUGGAGGAGAGAACUAUUGCACAUGGUGGGAAUUAUGUGGAAGCUGUGGACGAGAGAUGCACUCACAUGGUAGUGGAGGAAAACUCUGUGACAGAGCUUCCACCGACAACCUCCAAAAAGGUCUAUGUGGUCAAGCAAGAGUGGUUUUGGGGAAGCAUCCAAAUGGACGCACGAGCUGGGGAGUCGAUGUAUCUCUACGAGAAGAAUGACAGUCCUGCCAUGAAGAAAGCAGUGUCUCUGCUCUCCCUCACCACGCCCAACAGUAACCGCAAGCGUCGACGACUGAAGGAAACUCUGGCUCAGCUCACCAAAGAAAGUGAAAUCUCUCCUUUCCCUCCACCACGUAAACGGCCUUCAGCUGAGCAUUCACUCUCUAUGGGAUCACUAUUGGACAUCUCAAACACUCCAGAAACAUGCAAAGAGAGUCUGAAGCCUUCCAAGAGUUCAACUCCUCUUCCAACAAAGCAGUCUGCCAGGUGGCAGGUCUCCAAGGAGCUCUAUCAGACUGAGAGAAACUAUGUUGACAUUUUGGGCACUAUUCUUCAGCUAUUUAAGCUCCCCCUGGAAAAAGAAGGGCAGGUGGGUGGACCCAUUCUGGCCCAGGAAGAAAUGAAAACAAUAUUUGGCAGCAUCCCUGACAUUUACGACGUCCACACUAGAAUUAAGAGUGACCUUGAAGAGCUGUUGUCGAAUUGGUCUGAAGACAAGAGCAUAGGAGGCGUCAUCCUAAAAUAUUCGAAAGAGCUGGUGAAGGCCUACCCGCCAUUUGUCAACUUUUUUGAAAUGAGUAAGGAAACCAUUGUUCGUUGUGAGAGACUGAAGCCUCGCUUCCAUGCUUUUCUGAAGAUUAACCAGGCAAAGCCAGAGUGUGGAAGACAGACCCUAGUGGAGCUUCUCAUCAGGCCUGUUCAGAGAUUGCCCAGUGUGGCUCUCCUUCUGAAUGACAUAAAGAAGCACACAUUAGAUGACAACCCAGACAAGAAAACAUUGGAGAAAGCCAUUGAGUCUCUGAAGGAAGUGAUGACUCACAUCAAUGAGGACAAGAGAAAAACUGAGGGACAGAAGCAGAUCUUCGAUGUUGUUUACGAAGUUGAUGGUUGUCCUGCAAACUUGUUGUCUUCUCACCGAAGUCUUGUCUACCGGGUAGAAACAACUGCUCUGGGAGACCAGCCAUGUGACCGUGGAGAACAUGUGACACUGUUCCUUUUCAAUGACUGCCUUGAGAUUGCCAGGAAACGACACAAGGUUAUAAACACAUUUAAAAGUCCCAUGGGACAGACCAGACCACCACCCCCGCUCAAACACAUUGCACUGAUGCCAUUGUCUCAAAUUCGAAAAGUGCUUGACCUCCAGGACACUGAAGAAUGUGUGAAUGCGUUUGCCCUGGUUGUUCACCCUCCAACUGAACAAGAAAACUUGUUGUUCAGCUUCCAACUCGCUGGAGAGGAAACGGUUAAAAGUGUGUGGCUUCGCACUCUUUGCCGCCAUGUAGCCAACACCAUCUGUAGAGCUGACUCGGAGAAUCUAAUUCAGUGCACAGACCCAGACACAUUACAGGUCAGCACGAAGGAUAUGGACAGCACACUGAGCAAAGCCUCCAGAGCCAUCAAGAAGACUUCCAAGAAGGUGACCAGGGCAUUUUCAUUCAGCAAAACCCCGAAACGUGUGAUCCAGAGAGCCUUCAUGGCCAAUAGUACUCCAGAUGAGAAAAGCCAGAGACUUGGAUGUGAAAAUCAUCUUGGCAGCAGCUCCACACUGGCGAUGUCUCGUUCCACCUCCACGUUUAGUUUGAGUGACUCUGCCAAGAGCGGUGCGGUGGUGCAGCGCUCCAACUCACUGGACCUCCCUCCCGUCAGAGCCAGGGUGCCUGUUUGCGUAUAUAAUCCGUGCAGCCCAGGCCCAAACCGCAACAUUUGCUCUGACAGACAGGACUCUGACUCCAAGGAUCCAGAGUCCACUCUUACUCUGCCCACUACAAAACCUCAUUCACGGCCCUCCACCCCCCUCAAGUCCACCUCCACCACCCGCCACGUACCCACCGGUACUCAGGGCGCUCAAGUCUCAACUCAGAGCUGCUCGAAAUCUGCCCAGCAUGUCACCCGAUACUUGCCUCCCACGCGCUUCCCACCGAAGGCCUCUCUAUCUGCUGGGGUCAAAAGCAGCAUCACUUUGGACCCACGCAAGACGGUGUCCUCCAGUCCUCGUAAGGAGACUCUGCUUUAAUUGACCAAAGGAGUCUAAUGCCCGGCACUCCCCUUCCAUGGUCAACCUGAAUUCUAUGUUUGAAAGGAAGUACCACACCUUCAGUCGAUCCACCACGCACCUUAUCUAACCACCUCGCCCUGUGUUUUACCGACACCUUUGGCACAGACUGCUGCUAACUGCCUGUAAAUACGCCACACUAUCUGUCCGGAACAUCUCUGUGUGUGACGUACACAGAGGUCAUGUGAUCAGAAGUGUGCAACCACCCAAGUGCUCAAUGGUCCCUUGUUAAGUGUAUCACUUGGAUUUACCUUGUUCGACUGUCUAUUUGUCUUGCUCAUUAAAAGGUGUUCAUGCAGCAUGGUACUGAACAAUGCUAGGGAGCAUUAGGACAGGACGUCUGCUGUCCCUGAGAUAUGAGUUUUACGGAUAAGAUGAAGGAUUUAUCUUGUGAGCUGAACUUUACUUUCAGACCUGUAAAGAGUUGUGCUGUUCUGCGUUAACACAACACACGAGGUCUGCUGGAGUUUGGGUUUCAUCUCUACUCUGUUACCUGUGUGUUGCUUUGCCUUGAGUUUAUCUUGUUUUAUUUGUAACUGUCUUUGUUUUAUUGUAGUAAACUGUUUUUAUGACACAAUUUUAAUCUAAUAUUCACUGAGAGUUAUCUAUUUCCUCCUUGGAAGCCAGCUUUAAAAAGGCUGCCGUAUUUUGAAAAAGACUUUGACUGCGGUGUGUUUCAUGCUGCAUAUUUAUUCUUUUUGAAUAAAUAUUAUAUAUUCUCUUCCUUGUUAACCAAUCUUCUGUAUAUUUUCUAUUGUUUUUUUCCCCCUCUGUUUGUUUUGAUCUGUCACUCUCUUCUGUCUGGGUAUUAAAUGCACUUAAAUGCACCUGAGUAUAUGAUUGUAUGAGGAUGCAAGGAAAGAAAAUAAACCCAUCUCCCAAAUUAGCAGGUGUCAUUGCUGGUGACUGAAGCUCAGUGUGUCGUGCAAUAAAUGGCCCGAGGAAACCAUCAGUUUCAAUAUUGCAGUGGACUUGAGUGCUGGCAGGAUGUCAUGGCUCUUGUCUCUUACUCAAAGGUGGUUUCUGAGCACUCUGCAGGUUGAAGCUGAUUCCAAUAAAUACAU